AAUUAUUGUUGUUGGGUUCCCAUUUCCUCAGAAUCUUCCACUGAACCAAAUUCUCCACCUAAUUCUGAGGACAUCACUGUCACUAAACUAUCAAAUGGAAGUACUGAAGUGACCUGCACUACCACUGGUCAGAGUUGUCUAGCGUUGUUUCAAUCUAAAACCUCUUCAACCUCUCUUGAUCCGAUGGUGGUUGGUUUUAUUGAACCACCUAAUGACAGAACCACUGUCACUCUUAGUACCACUUCCGAUGUUUAUGUGGUAGUCUACACUUGGAACAGUGAUUCUGGUGGGACCAUCUUUGAUGGGAAGGUAUCCUUCAUUAGUCAAUUGGAGCUACCAACUACUCCUCCUCCUACACAAUCACCUCCUGAUACUACUGGAACUCCAGUUCCAUCGCCCAUGAUAGUACUAAUAGCAGGUAUCAUAACCGUGGUCGUGGUACUGCUUCUCCUGAUAGUCACCGUAGCUAUUGUUGUAGUCGUGGUUAUUGUGAAGAGAAAACAAAGAGUUGAGGUUCCAGAGUCAGAUGGAAUAGUGGAUUGGUCAUCAACAUUUGCAGGAAUUGAGCAGCCCAACGAAGCUUAUGCUCCAGUACUGACGAGGAACAUUGCUUAUGAGCAGACAAAGAAACCACGGGGACAAGGGAUCGAUGACUCACAAGCCCCGGCAGCAACAGAGGGACAGUAUGAAAGCAUUGAGCCAGUUCAUGAAUACGAGGAUGUGUUGCCUCAGGGAAAAGCAAGUCGUGCAAAUUAUGUUAACGUUAACUGACAGAUUUCCACAUUUAUUUUUAUCUCACACAUUAAUUUGUAUACCGUAUAGCGGGAAAUUUUCGCCGGUGCACAUUUUCACAAUUUGCAUGGCUACAGAGCCCUCAGCAGAAAGUUUUAUGGGUUUAACUUUUAGUAUUCACGUUUCAAUGCCAGGAAACUAGACCCACCAAUAGCUUUCCAUGUGAAAUACCAUUAAUUGUUAGUGGCCCUGGUAUUAGAAGUAACUGUAACUGUAUAUGAUCAAAUGUGUAUGGUUUAAUCUACAUGUAUUGUGCAUUGUACGUACUUCACCAGAAUGGACAACUGAAACACACACACAAUAAUAUUUAAUGAUAAAGGAAUACUAUUUUUGCUAUCAAAGGUAUAUACCCCACCGGUAGUGAUGUCAAUAAAAAUGUGUACUAGACCUAUUAUACAGUUCGAAGAGGCUACA